CCAGUAGAACCAACAUUCAAAAACGGAACAUCUGCAUUUUCGUGCUUAUUAUCUUUUUUUAAUGGUUUUUGAAUCAUUGUAUGGAUUAUUUUUCAUGAAAUACGUACCAUUUGAAAACACUAAUAUAAUAAUCAUUAUGCAUAGAAAUAAACUUAAAAUGUGAAAGAACUAGAAAUAAAUUAACAUUUCUUACCGUGUGAAACGUUCCAUAACUUAAGUUCCUAAUUUGUACCAAUGGUUUUAGUUUUCGACUGUCAGAAGAAAGCUUCUGUUAAUUCUGAUUUUAAUCCGUUAUCUAAAUAGUUGUAUCAUUUGGAUGACAUGUGAACUAUUUUAACGUUCCAGGAAAACAGACUAAUAGUGGGCGUAACUAUCUUUUGUUACUAUCAUGGCUCUUGUUUAUGUUGAUAAGGAUCCGUGGUUGGGUGAGCAUGAUGCCUGUGAACGAAAUUAUAGAGAAAUCAUGGAGCUAUUUACGACGAGAAGUAGAGAACGAAGAACGUCCAAUGAAUAUGCACGCCUUUCCUCAAAAAUUCGAUUGCGGAUGAAACAAUACUCUUCUGAAGUUUAUCAACUCAAAGAAAAACUGUCAGUUUCUUCAUCUUUAGGUUCCAUUACUUUUGAAGAAGCUGAAAGAAGAACUAGGCUAGUGGAGCAAUUACAAAGUCGUGAGAUCCAAAUGCAACAAGCAUUUCAGAACAAAGAUGAGGCUGCCGCUAGGGAUAGAAGUGCUCUAAUAAAGCCCUCUGUCUUUGCUGAAGCUGGAACUACAGGCUGGGGAACAGAUGAGGAGGAAAUACUGAGUGUGCCUGCACCGGAUGUUACUGUAACAGAUUUGCGGCAACAGCAACAGGAAAUUCUCAGGGAUCAAGAAGCUGGAUUAGAGGAAUUGUCAAAAGUGAUAUCUCGUCAGAAAGCCAUUGCUACCACAAUUAAUUCUGAAGUGGACUUUCAGAACGAUUUGAUAGAUGAUAUUGCCCAACAUGUUGACAAUACAGACACUCAAAUCAACAGUCGGACUGCACAAAUACGCACUGUCAGCCAGAAGGACCGAACAUGUGUGUAUUGGAUCAUCAUUAUUUUGCUGUUUAUUGCAAUUAUAGUGGUUGCAGUGGUGUAAUACUGAAGAGGGAAUUGCAUAAACUUAUAUUUAGUCUUUUUACGUCUUCUUUUAUAACAGUACAUGAUCUUGCCUUUAAAAAGAUUUUGAUGGUUUAUAGUGCUUUUAUGGAAUUUUUUUUUUAUAUAUAUAUAUAUUGGCAUGGGAUGAUGUUAAUCCGUUGAGGAGAAAAUUAGAAACAUUUCUGUGUGAGACUCGAGUUAUGCGAAAUACCUCAGUCAUUGCAAUAUUUUUUACAAGUUUUUUUUUUCCUGGUCAUAUCUGCAUCUUCCAAAUUUACAAUCAUGUAAGAGAAAUCCUUUAUUUCAAAUAGUCAUCUUUUAAAUGCAGUCACCUUUGCUUUUUUUCUUAUUUUAUAUGUAUGUAUGUAUGUGUGUGUUUCAAACAACUAAAAGUAAUUCAAAAUAUGAGUUCUGAUGAAUGAACAAUGAUUUCAGAUCAUUUGAAUAUUAAAUGUAGUAUCUCAUGUUUUUGAAAUAUGUACACUUAAUGAUUGCAUUGGAUGAUUGUGUUCUGUAAAUAUAUAUAUAUUUCUGUACAUUUUUUAUGAAAAGGGUAGAAUGUUUCCUUACAUUUCAGAAUGUGAGGUUAUAUAUGAAAAAUUAUUCAAAUACUUUUAUUUCAAGAGUAUGUUAUCUUCAUUAUUCUGCUCAACAUACGUUAUUAUGUAAUAAUAAUAUUCACUAUUAUAUUCAUAAGUGUGAAUAUAACUGUGUUACAACAUUUCACCAUUCCAUUUCCCUUUAUGGAAUUUUACAGAUUUGUCAAGAUCUCUGACAAAAAAAACAUUCUUUGGGUCGGUGCCUGGUCAUCUAAUGAAAAUUCCCUGAAAGUAUAUUAAGAGAAAUUAAAUUAGAACAAUAUUCCAAAACAGAUAAUGAAAAUCAAAUGGUCAGGAAAAAGGGAGAGGCUUUGCAAAGAAAAUAUGGAAGAAUCGGGUGCCUCAUGAGAGAAAAUACUACAAUAGUAGGAACAUGUCAAACGACAAAAAUAAAGAUAUGAUGAUAAACAGUUUUAAAAAUAUAUUUUUUCUUAGUCGAGAAAAUCUGUUUGUCAGGCUAGACUUGACUCUAGCGAUACUGUAAUUAUUUUCUUAAGAAAAAUGUGCAUUUUCAAAAAUUCUACUUUGAAUUUAUUUGGAAAAGAAAUAACAAAUGUGGAAUAAAAUUAAUUUUUGCUGGAAUCAUACUUGCACAUUAAAAAUGUUAAGAUAUACCAUCUGUUUAGUACUUUUAAAUUGAGAAAAAAUGUCAGCCAAAAUAUAUUUGCUUCAAGUUUUAGAAAUGGCGGCAAUGCACAAAUUCCUGAAGUCUAAUUUAAAAAAUUGAAUGGGGGAUGAAAUUAAUGUAUGUCUGUAAAGUAAUAUAUCUUUUUUUUGAAAAUUAUAAGAGAUAAAUAGAAAUGUUUAUGAAGAUUUAAGAUUAGAUCUAAUUAGACAUAAUUGUGAUAAGUUGUUAUUGUUAUUAUUAUUAAUAAUAAUAAUAUACAUAUUAUUAUUUGUUAAGAGAAAAUUGGAUAGUUUGAAGAUUGAGAGACUUAUGAAUGAUAACUAAUCCUUUCUUUUUCUCUUAGCAUACUUUUAUACUGUGUAUAAAGUCUGGAGAGUUCAUUAAAUAUUGCAAUAUUAAUAUGUCAACAAUAUUGAGAAGAAAAAAAUAGCAGCAGGAAUUUCCAUACUUUCUGAACAUUGAAGUUAUUGGUUUGCAUUAUAUUGAAUGAAAGAAGAAAUGUUGAAGCUACUCAAAUGGAACAUAUCUUGUGUACAUAUUUCAGCGAAGUUUAUUUUAUUAACUAUAGCAACAUUUCUAAAAUAAUACAAUAAAAAAACAUUUAAUGUCCAAGAAUGUCAUUAUGAAGAAUCUGUUUAUAAGUAUGAGUACACUAAACUGGAAACCAAAGAAUGUGAAAAUGGAAAAGUGAACGUGCAACUGAUAAAAAUAUAAUAUUUGGUUCAAUAUUUAAAUUAGUGGUGUAUGUUUAUAAUUACUUUAAAAUGUAGAUGACUGAACAAAUAUGUUAAUUUUUGUUAUGUAUUGUUAAGGCACCCAAAACAAGUUAUCAAAAACAUUAGUGUGUAUGGGGGAGGGGUCCAAUUUUAUAUUCUUCGUACACAAUUGUCUCCAGAAACAUGUAUGUUUGUAUGCACUUCAAUUGGUUCUCUUUUCUAAAUUACUAUUUGCAUUCUUUAUAUACCUUACCUUACUAUAUACAUAUUUUAUAUACCUAAAAAUUUUGUACAAGUUUGAAAAAUGCUCUUUAUGUUGGGUCUACUCUCUUUUGUUGCAAUUAAAUCAAGCAUGGUGGUAAGGAAUGCACAUGCAAAACAACAUACACAUCAAAUUAAUAUGUAUAUAAAUUUUUACUAAGUAUGAUAGUAACUAAUACUAUAUGUAUAAGUUAUGAGUGCCUUUCCUUGCCAUGUUUUUUAUUUUCUUUCUUGUAAUUGAUAGAAGUUGCAGUCUCACUUGCAAGAAUGGACAAAAGAGAAAUAUUGAGAGGUUUUGACAUGACGAAAUGACUUGCAUGAAAAUUAUUGUUGAAAGAUAAUGUAAUUAUUUCUAUGACUUUUUGAAAUAAAUGUGGACCCCAGGACAAAUGGUAGCCAGGUUUUGAAUCCAUAGGGGAGCUAGCAAUUUCCAUUACAUAUGUUUAUAUUACAUAUCGCUACAUCAUGAAUGAAGAUAUUUCUUAGGUAUCUUAUAAAAUAGGUGGAUGUCUUCUGUUCAUUCUAAUUAAUAAUUUUUUGUGGAAGCUUUUUUCUUUUAUUUGUUUCGUGUUAAAGGCUGUAUGCUGUACUAAGUGCACUGGAUGACAAGAUGAGUUAGGCUGAACCUGAUUGUAUCUUAAAAUUCCUAUUGACAUUGUAAAAUAUGUAAAUAUUGUGCAUAAUAAUUCCUAGAUUUGCUAUUAUCUGAGAAGGUGUUCAUCUUUCAAAUAAAUUAAUAAACCUAUUUAUAUAAGACUGCUCAGGCAAGAUAUUUUAUCCCUAGCUAAUUCUCCCCAAAACUUACAUGUUAUUCUUUUGAUGUGUCUAAAUAUAUGUGUCCAGCAAUCAAUAUUUUUGUAGACUAUUUUUUUAUGUAAUAA